AUGCUUGCUGCUUUUGCUGUUGCUGCGCCGAACAAAGUCGCAAGAGCUCCCCUCCCGGAAAACACCUCCGUAAAUCCUGCUGCGAUUACAGGCACCACUUGCACGGACAAAUCCACUACACUCGUUUCUCACGACAUCAACGUGGCUCUUUUGUCAAUUUGUGGCGGUAUUGCAGGAACGAUUGAACAGUGUGGCGGCGAGCCAACCAAUACUACUGGGACUUCAGGCACAGCGAAGUUCACACUCAGUGCUGCGACUUCGGGCCAGACUAUCGAUAUCACAAAAGGACGCUGGGAAGGGUGUGUUAGAGCUGCUCGAGCCGUCUGCGGAGAUACACCAUUCACCAGCACGUGUAUUGGAGGGGCAGAUGUGAAUGCCGGAAAUGUUGACUUUACGCUCAGUGCUGCGUAG